CUGGCAACAGCUGUGAAUUUUUUUAAUUUUUGUAUUGAUUUGGUCCUCAUCCUCUUAAUCAGAUUAUGGUUCCUACGGUCUGUUGAAGCGAUUUUGGGUGACAAAUCAUACAGUGCUUCAGUCGUAAGUUUUGUUAGGCGUCCGUCGCUGUUUGACGUGUGUGUCCCGGUAACUGAUAAAGACUUCAGUGGGAAGCUGAAAAAAAGAAGAAAAUAAAACCACAGAAACGGGGAACGGGCCCGACGCGGUUGCAUCUGUGCCUGCGAACUUUUAUUGCAUAUGAUGACCUCUCCCACAGAACUAACAACUUCGUGAUAAGUGCUCCUGUGUAAAGUGCUAAUAAAAAGUGUGUUGAACGAAACAUGAAGCAAGGCAUUAGUUUCUCCGAAGGUUACGUACAUGCUUACACGAGAUUGAUUAUGCGAGAAGAUAACAUUAAGUCAACACUGUGUCUUCAAACUCCAUGUUGCUGGCUGUUUCCUUAGCGUGCGAGUCGAAGCUCUCGGUAUCUGGGUCUUCGACCGCCGAGCUCUCCGGCAGAUCCGUCGGCUGGUGUGAUGCCCGGCACGGGGAGUGUCGGGCGGUGGCAGCGGCUCGUCCGAGGCCGUCACGGACCUCGCGGCCUCUCCAGUGGGUAAUCCAGGAAGUCUGACCCGACGCCACUGCUGCUGGCGGAAAGCGACGGCCAACUGCAUCCGUCUUGGAGGAACACACAACCGGCACGAGGAAGACGGACUCUGCCAUGUCGACGGGACCACUGGCCCGCGGUGACGAGGCGGAGGGGCUGAAGACGCACAUCUCGACAGCGCUCGGAGGACUGCUCGACCGAGCCCUCAACAACCAGCCGGAGAAGGGACUCGGCCCAGGUGGCUCCGUCCAUCUCGACCGGCCACCGCCUACCCGGUCGAACUCGGCGUACACCUCGGAGCUGGCCAAGCAGGUGCACCGGCUGAUCACGAAGCCGUCCCCGGCGAGGCUGGUGCUGCUCCGUGCGACCGAGCGCGCGACCGGCGUGCCUGACGCGCAGCCGUACUACACCUGCUUCUACUGCGAGUGCCGGUUCGAGCAGCAGAGCACUCGCAACAGGCACAUGGGUCGGGCGCACAGGAGCGAGAUGAUCUGCUCCAGGUUGAAGCGGGAGAAGCCGGAGGAUGACCCGGACGACGUGGCCGUCGCAGUCGAGUCCGACAACAGUUGGCGUGAACCGAACAACACCAUUUGGAUGCCCGGCGUGCCGGCCGGAGACACGGGAGCUGAUGGCGAUUUCCUCUGCCCAGAGACGAAGCCUCCGGCAGUGGGGUCUCCGGCCUCAGAGUACCCCCUCGGAUCCGGCGGCUGGCAGGAGACGAACGGCACGGGAGCGGUAGGUGCCGGCAGGGGCUCACCGGGGUCCGCUGCGCCCUCGGCUUCGGCAGUGCACGUCACGGAGUGGCAACCGGCCAGCACGACGACAGCAGUCUCUGCCACGUCGACAGAACAGCUUGGCCGCAGUGACCGGUCGACGGGGCUGAAAACGCAGAUUUCGACAGCUCUCGGAGGGCUCCUCGACCGAGCCCUCAACAACCGGCUGGAGAGGGGACUCAGCCCGGGCCUCAACCGACAGACGCCGAGCCAGCUGCAGGAGCAGACGACGCACCGCCCCGCGCCCACCUCCACGACGGGAGGGUCGUCGACGGGCCGGUGGCGACGUGUGUACAACACAGAGCUGGCGAAAAAAGUGCGACAGCAGCUGAUGCCGAUAUCUUCCCGCAAGUUUCCGGUCCGACGGCGUGCAGCUGUGGGCGCUGCCGGCAACUCCGACUCUCACCGCUACGCCUGCUUAUACUGCGAGAGCCGGUUCGACCAGCAGCUCAAUCACCAGGCGCACAUGAUACAGGCGCACAAGGACGAGAUGAUCUCCACCAAGCCGAAGCGUGUGAAGCCCGAGAACGACCCGGGCGACGCGUCUGCCGGUGAAGACUCCGACCACAGUUGGCGUGAACCGAGCCCCACCUGUUUGAUGGCAGACGCACCCUGCGGAGACACGGGAGGUGACGGCAGUUUCAUCUGCUCAGAGUCGACAUCUUCGGCCCUCGAGUGCCCCGGCGAAUCGGACGUCCGUUCGGAGACGGACGGUGCAGGAGUGGCGGGUGGCGGCAGUGGGCCGUCAGAGUGCGCCGAGACUGCGUCACCGGACGCGACUGCCGACUCGUCACGCGUGCUGACCUGCCCGCACUGCCUCAGACUGCUGGCGGGGAAGGACGCUCUGGCGGCACACGUCGCCGAGGAGCACCCGGCCAGCAUGACGACAGGCUCCACCACGUCGACGGGACAGCCGGGCGGUAGCGACCAGUCGUUGGGGCUGAAGACGCAGAUUUCGACGGCUUUUGGUGGAUUGCUGGACCGAGCCCUCAACAACCGGCUGGAGAAGGGAGUCGGGCCGAGUGACCACCUCCACAGCGUCGACGGGCCGAUGCCGAGCCAGCUGCGAGAGCAGACUACUUAUUGCCCCGCGUCCUCCUCCGCGUCGGAAAUGUCAGCGACGGGCCGGUGGCAUCGUGUGUACGACACCGAGCUGGCGAAAAAGGUGCGGCAGCAGCUGACGUCCCAACCUCCCCAGCGCGCGGUAGAUGGCUCUGCCAAAAACUCUGACUCGCAUCGCUUCGCCUGCUCGUACUGCGAGAGCCGGUUUCAGCAACUGAGCACUUACAACAGACACCUACUGCACGCGCACAGGAGUGAAAUGAGCUGCUCCUGGUUGAAGCAGGAACAGCCCGAGGACGACCCGGGUGACGUGUCUGCCGGUGAAAACUCUAAUCGCAAGUCCACACUUUCGGCCCCCGAGUGCCCUGGCGAAUCGGACGGCCGGCCGGAGACAUGCGGCGCAGGAGCAGCAGGUGACGGCGGUGGCUCGUCGGAGUCCACCGCGGCUGCCGAGGCCUCGGCUCCGGACGAGACUGCCGACUCGUCACACGGGCCGGCCUGUCCGCACUGCCGCAUACUGCUGGCGGGGAAGGACGCACUGGCGACACACGUUGCCGAGGAGCACCCGGCCAGUGUGGCGACAGACGACUCCGCCGAGUCGACGGUGACGCCGGGCUGCGGUGACGAUUCGAUAGGGCUGAAGACGCACAUUUCGUCAGCUCUGGGAGGUCUGCUGGACCGGGCCCUCGACAACUGGCCGGAGAGGGGACUCGGCCUAGGUGGCUCUGCCCACCUCUCCAGCCCCGACCGGCCGACGCCGAGCCACCGGGGACCCGCCGGACAGACCCAGCCGCGCAAGGCCGACUCGCAGCGCUACGCCUGCUUCUACUGCGAGUGCCGGUUCGAAAACCUGAGCGCUCACAAGUGGCACACGAUUCACACGCACACGAACGAAAUGAUCUCCUCCGAGUCGAAGGGAGUGAAGCCCGAGGACGACCCGGCUGACGCGUCUGCCAGUGAAGACUCCAACUACAGUUGGCGUGACCUGAGCCCCACCAUUUGGACAUCGGACACACCUGCCAGAGGCACGGGAGGUGAUGGCGAUUUCAUCUGCUCAGAUUGCGGCAUCACCUUCAGAACUCUGCUGGAAGUAGAUGCACACCGCGAAGCGGAGCACGGUCGGCCCGAGUUCCCACCGCGAGAUUCGGGAGCCGCGCGGGAUACAGUCCGCGACGGCUGCACGGAGGGAGACGCCGAAUCUGGUUGGGCCGCUCCUGCCUCUCCGCCCGAGGGAGACCUCGUAGAGCGGCAGGUGACGGAGACGCACGUGCAGGACACGCGGGCCGCUUUCGACCUGACAGUGGUGGAAGCUGACCCACUCGUGCCUCCACAGCAAGAGAUUGAGACCAUAUUCGUCAAGGAAGAGACUUCGUUUCUGCACGAAUGGGAGUCACCUGACGGCCUCAGUAUUGCACGGGAUCCCCUGAGCUUCGAGGAAGAGGUUGAGGGACCUACCGAUGAUCUGAUUCCUAUUUGUGAUCUGCAGACCAUUAAGACAGAGGUUGUUGAAGAUCCAUUAGCAGUCUCGGGGCUCAUCGACUGUAUUAAUGAGGAUCAAGAAUUAGGUUUAGGAACGGAUACAACUGACGAAGAGGCAGCCACCAGAGGGCAUACUUCAGCUAUUACACGUACCACCGUCCCGACUUCGACCGGCCCGUCGGUCUCCGAGAUCGGCGGCGUCGGAUGUGACGCCCCCGACUCGACCCACCUCGGCUCGGCACCGGACGCGGGUACCGGUGACGGGCGACACUACUGCUCCGGCCUCGACGUCCGGUGGCAAUUCUGACAGUGGUAACGGCGCCACCGAUACUUGUAGAGGGGGAACCGUCACGGGCAGUGUCGAAAAUGGUUCGGGAGAGGAGCGGCACUGUGGCGGUGCCGGCUCGCCCGGUGCUGCCCACGUGAAGCCGCCAUUUUCCUAUGCGGAGCUCAUCGCGACGGCCAUAACCCAUUCGCCUCUCAGGAGGGCGACGCUGUCGGAGAUCAACGCCUACAUCGUGAGUCGCUUUCCCUACUACGAGCACAAGAAAGGCUGGCAGAACUCGAUUCGCUACAACCUCUCGCUGCACAGGUGCUUCGUCAAAGUGCCGCCGGAGGGCGGCAACAGCAGAGGCAACUGCCGGAGUGGCUACCGCAAAGGCAACUACUGGAUGCUCGGUCUAUUCAACCUUCUGAUGGGAAUGACAGUGCUUCAUUUGAAGAAAGUAAUCACCAAGAUGUGGCACCUGAUGAUGUGGUUGUGGAGCAAGAGAAGCCAACACCCUUCAUCAGUUGUAAUGUUCCG